AUGGCGGCGGGCCCUCUUGGGGGGCUGGUGGCCGCGCUGGAGACGCACCGGGGCCGCGACUGGGCGGUCCGGGCUCUGUGCUACGGCUGCCAGCUGGCGGGGGCAGCUCUGCCCGGGCCCGCGGGGCUGCCCGGGGGGCUCCUGACCGCCUCUGCCCAGCUCAGCUCCUGCCGCACCGCCCUGCGCCUCUUCGACGAUCUGGCCAUGCUCCAGCACAGCUACAGCUACGGGCUGGGCCCCAAGGGCGAGGACGCGCUGGUGCGGGGGCUCUCGGUGCUCUGCAACGUGGCCAACCAGCUGUACUACCCCUGCGAGCACCUGGCGUGGGCGGCGGAUGUCGGUAUCAUCCGCGCCGGCUCCCAGAAGUGGUGGACUCGGAGCACGGUGCUGUGGUGCUGUACUCUGCUCCUGGACAUCCUGCGGUACGGCCGGGAUGGGCACGGGCUACAACGAAGCUGUGGGAGAUCCCUGAGAAUCUUGUUCCAGUUAAGAAGAAAACUGAGCCAGCACAAGGGCAGCACUUCACCUCAGAGCCAGCAGAAACUGAGGGCCCAGGUGAAGACUGAAGUUCUGAGCAUCCUCAGGGACACAGCAGAUCUCUCCAACGCAAUCCACUGGCUGCCUCCAGGAUUCCUCUGGGCAGGAAGGUUCCCUCCAUGGUUAGUAGGACUCCUGGGGACCAUCUCUUCCCUGAUUGGAAUCUACCAGGCAUCAAGAAGAGCAAAUUCUGAACCUGCUUAAGCCAUAAUUGAGCUUUACAAGCCCAGUUUUCACAUGGUAAAAGUGCCUUUAGUGAGGCAGGGUGUAUUUUAACUUUCCUGUGUUGAUGAUUGUCACUCCAGAUAUCCCAGAAUUGGGACUAGAAUCCAGAUGCCUGUUGAAGAGGGGAUUGUUUGCAGCUGACAAUUUUUAUCACUCUUAAUCAGAGAAAUAAUUCAGGUGAAUCGUCUGAAAAUCAAGAAUCCCCUACAGUGGGUAAAACUGAGGGAAAAGAGUUGUUUCCAUCUGUCCCAAAAGAUAAAUGCAACCUCCCAGUGUUUUCUGCCACUUAAAAGAGCACAGUGGCCACGGUUCUGUCACAGAGAGCUGGUAAGGGAUGAAUCCUGUGAAUUCACCCUCUGGGCUCAGUGCUUGGUGCUGCAUCUGAGCCAGGGAUGGGAGUUCUUCGGGUGUUUUGGGGUUUGGGCUCAGAGCUGAUGCCCAGAGUUCAGUCAGGAGCGAGCAGGGGUGUUGUUUGUGACAGAUGUGUUUCCUCGGAGGGGAGAGGGGCAGGAGAUUGCCACUGGGAGCAGCCUCAACCUUCCUAGCCUGCCUUGCCCGUAUAAGGAGAAAUGUUGGAAGUCGAGACUUCCAACCAAGCUGAGGCUCCAGCUGUGCCUUUGUGGAAUGCCACCGGGUGGAGCUGUUCCACCAGGCUCCGGCAGCUGCCAACGGAUGGGGGUUUUUAUUUUAAAAAAAAAAAAAAAGGAAAUGUAUUAAUCACCUUUCAAAGAAGCAAUCAAACCUAUGCCAAGGUGGGGUUUGCAGCUGCAGUUCUGGGCGUUGCCAAUAAUAAACGACACAAAUACUUCAAAGAUGGCCUUGACCAUUCCUCCUAUAAGAGGGAGAAGUCCUUUAUCUUUGGUUCUGGAAAGCUCGAAAACAUUAGUGGUGUGUGAGCUGCAGCUCUGCAUGUGUCACAAGCCUUCCUCCUGCUGAAAUAACUCUCAGCCUUUGUCUGACUGCCAUGGAAAUGCAUCCUUUGAAAAUAAUUGUGCUUAGUCUGCGUGUCCCUGCCCCCAGCAUGGCACAUGCUGCACUUCCAGGUUUGACCUUGGUUUGUUGUUGCUUUUGGCCUGCACAAGGGGAAUUGUGUCCUGCCUGUGUUCAAAGAGCAGAGUGAAGCCUGGAUAUUCUUUAUCCUUUGCCCUGUCCUUGGUGUUUAUCUGGACCUUCCCCUGAGGAAGCCUUUGUGGCUGUGCUGGGGGUUUGCUGCCAGAUGGACAGUUUUUUUUUCAGAGCUUACUUGGAGGAGACUCAUUUUUUUUUUCCUUUUCUCAGUCCUGUGACUGAACAGGGGCAGCACCCAAGUCCUGCUGCUUAGGGACACCUCUGACUGUUGCCUGCUCCUGUCACCCACUGUGAUGGUUCCUGCUGCAGUUUAGUGUUUUUUAAUAAUAAAUCAGAUUUAUUUUGUAUUCUUAACCCCACUGAAUCAUUCCUCAAGGACUUACAGUACUGCUCAGCACAGGACAAGUGUAGCUCUGCCAAUUUAAAAAAAAAGGCAAAACAAGAAACCCCACAUAACCUCUGAUGCUAAAUUAAUAAACCUCUUAAUCAUGCAUUAAUUUCAGUGUAAAGAAAGGACACUGUAAACUGCUCUAAGAGCAUGUGCUUCAUCAAUUCCUCAACAAGUGACCUUAAUUUGCAGCUGGUAAAGCUGAAACAGGCACAGAUAAAUCAAAAUUGGGUAAUUCCGAAUUUCUGGAAUUUGUAUUUAUUUCUUGAGGUGGUUUUGAUCCCUGCUGGCAGAGUGUUUAAACACCUGUUGUGGCUGCUGCUGCCUCUCCAGGGCACCACCACUCGCUCAUUUUUAGCACGAGAUCUUGUGCAGGAAGACCCAAUCCUCCCAAAACUUGGUGGAUUUUUUUCCUCUUUUCUGUCGUGACCAUCAGGCCAACUCGUUUCUUGCUCCUGAGAGAGGCUGAUAAUUCCUUCCCUUGGUAAGGAAAGUCUCCUGCGCUGGUCUCGGUGGUGCGGAUGAUGGGCCGGGCUCCACUUCUCCGAGGCGGGCUCUAUGCAGGAAAACACUCGCUGAGCAGGGCUGGUUUGUUCGGCGGCGACCUGCCUUUGUCAGCAGGCCGGGAUCCAAAGGCCGCGGGCAGGCGCUGCUGCUCCCGGCGCGGCUGUCGCGUUUAUGGCCCUUUAUGGCGGGGCGAGUCCGUCCGCAAAGCUCCGCCGCGCUCGGGUGCCUCAGAUCCGCCGUCCCGGCUCCGUGGCGCAGCUGGCUCCGGCCGUCCGGCGAUGUUUUGGGAUGGGGGACAGCGGGGGGACAGCGGGGGGACAGCGGGGGACACCG